AUGGCAGACCCUGCGAGUAGAAAGUCAACUUUGGCGGUAGUUGCCGUCAAUCAAGAUCUUCGAGGAAGGAUAGCCCUUGUUACUGGAGCAUCUCGUGGUAUUGGCCGCGCUAUCGCCUUGAACCUGGCGACUCGCGGUGCAUCUAUCCUUGCGACAUGUUCCUCGGCCACAUCCAUGCAUCAUAUCGAUUCGCUUGGGGAGCAUAUUGAAGAAUUAUACAGUUCCAGUCCGUACGAAGCACCCAAGAUUGUCGGACUGGCCGCAGAUGUGCUUUCUGCGGACUUUCACGAUCAGGUUGCCAACAAAGUCCGAGACGCCUUCGGUGGCAAGGUAAACAUCAUCGUCAAUAAUGCAGCGUAUUGCGACUUUCGUCCCGUUGGCGAGCUCGACGCCGAAUACGUUCAAAAGAUUCUGCAAGGAAACAUUCAAUGCCUGGUAAUGUUGAUGGAUACCCUCUUCAAGAGGGAUUACAUUCAGCGUGAGUCGAGGGUCAUCAACAUUUCCAGUGAUGUUACGAGAUGUCCAAUCCCCUUCUCUGGCAUGGCUGUAUUUGCAUCCACAAAGGCGGCCAUGGACUGUCUUACUCGCUGCUGGGCAGAUAUUCUAAGCCUUGACCAAAAGACCUUUGGAACCACUGUGAACUCUCUCUCGGUCGGUGGUACAGCAACGGAUGCUUUCAUUGACCAUAAUACACCGGAGCUCAAAGCCGCUGCGUUAGGUGUUUUAGGAGAGAGAAAGCCGCCACACAAAGGACUGGGGCGUCCGGAGGAUGUUGCCGGUGUUGCUGGAUUGAUUGCAAGCGAGGAGUCGCAUUGGAUCAAUGGCAGUGUUGUAUCGGCUAGUGGAGGAGCAGCUAAGAUACUCUAA